AUGGGUGGCAACAGUGGCCAGGCUGGCAUGCACACCUACAAAUCCUUAGCUGAGGACGGCCUCUCCGACUUGAAGAAGCCGCCGAAAAGACCCCGGGGCAGACUGAUCAUGCACAGCAUGGCCAUGUUCGGCCGGGAGUUCUGCUAUGCAGUGGAGGCGGCCUAUGUGACCCCCGUCCUGCUCAGCGUGGGCCUUCCCAAGAGUCUGUACAGCAUGGUGUGGCUCCUCAGCCCCAUCCUGGGCUUCCUGCUGCAGCCCGUGGUCGGCUCAGUCAGUGACCACUGCCGGGCCAGGUGGGGCCGGCGCAGACCUUACAUCCUGGCCCUGGCCCUCAUGAUGCUCCUGGGCCUGGCUUUGUACCUCAACGGGGACACUUUCAUAUCAGCUUUGAUCACGGACCAAAGGAAGAGGCGGAUUGGGGCCAUAAGCAUCACCAUGCUGGGUGUGGUCCUCUUUGACUUUGCUGCUGACUUCGUUGACGGGCCCAUCAAAGCCUACUUAUUUGAUGUCUGCUCCCAUCAGGACAUCGAGAGGGGCCUCCACUACCAUGCCCUCUUCACAGGCUUUGGAGGUGCCCUGGGCUACAUUCUGGGAGCCAUAGACUGGGCCCAACUACCACUGGGAAGAGUGCUGGGCACGGAAUUUCAGGUCAUGUUCGUCUUCUCUGCCUUGGUGCUUACCUUGUGUGUUAUUAUUCACCUGUGCAGUAUUCCUGAAGCCCCACUCAGAGAUGGCACAGGAGACUUUCCCCCACAGCCGACUCCUCAGGACCCACUGCUGUCCUCAGUCAAAAGGUGUGAGCACGGCUCCAUUGAGAAAGUGAAAAAUGGCCACAGAAGCCCGGGGCUGGCAAUGGAGGGAGAGGAAAACAGUGCUUGUCCUGGACAGACUCAGAGAUCAAUGACCAUGAAGUCGCUGCUGAGGGCGCUGGCGAGUAUGCCUCCCCACUACCGCUACCUUUGCAUCAGCCACCUCAUUGGAUGGACUGCGUUCCUCUCCAACAUGCUCUUCUUCACGGAUUUCAUGGGCCAGAUUGUGUAUCGUGGGAAUCCUUAUGGCGCACACAACUCCACUGAGUUUCUCAUCUACGAACGAGGGGUCGAGGUUGGAUGCUGGGGCUUGUGCAUCAACGCCAUAUUCUCCUCACUUUAUUCCUACUUUCAGAAAAUGUUGGUCUGCUACGUGGGAUUAAAGGGCAUUUACUUCAUGGGGUACCUGCUGUUUGGCUUGGGGACAGGAUUCAUCGGGCUCUUCCCGAAUGUCUACUCCACCCUGGCUCUGUGCUCCUUGUUUGGUGUCAUGUCCAGCAUACUGUACACUGUACCCUUUAACCUCAUUGCUGAGUACCACCGCGAGGAGGAGGAGGAGAAGCGACGGCAGGCCCCAAGUGGGGACCCGAACAGCAGCGGGAGAGGAAAGGGCGUGGACUGUGCUGCCCUUACCUGCAUGACACAGCUGGCCCAGAUCCUGGUCGGAGGUGGCCUGGGCUUGCUGGUCAACACGGCUGGCAGCGUCAUCGUGGUGGUGGUCACAGCGUCUGCAGUGGCAUUGACUGGCUGUUGCUUUGUGGCCGUCUUUGUGAGAUACGUGAAUUAA